AUGAACAGCUCGGCCUCAAGGACGCUGGCUGUGGAGAAAGUGAGAUUGUUCGGUCAACACCGCGGGGAGGUCAACUGCUCUGCCUUCUCUCCUGAUGGCAGGACCCUGCUCACAGCCUCCGAUAAUGGUUGUGUGUAUAGCUGGGAGACCAAGAGCAAGUGGCUGCUCUGGAGACUGGAGGGCCACACGGGCCCAGUGAAUUUGUUGCUCCUCCCCGACAGCCACCUCUUUGCCAGCUCCUCCUGUGACUGUACCAUCUGCCUGUGGGACAUAGCCAGAGUCAAGUGUCUGCAUGUGCUGAAAGGUGAGCUGGCUGCUGGGAGUCACACAGCCAGGUCUGUCAGCUUCAGCCCAGAUGUAAAGCAGCUGGUCUGGGACAAGAAAGAGAUGCUCUGGGAGGUGCAGUGUGGCCACAAUCUGCACCUCUUGGUUGGGCACCGUGAUGUCCAGAGCAGUGACUUCUCCCCUACUGCCGACUCACUGACCACUGGUUCCUGGGAUUCCAGCACCAUCUGGGACCUGUGCAUGGCAACCCCAGCUGUUUCCUACCAGGAAUUGGAGGGCCACAAUGGCGACAUUAGCUGCCCGUGCUACUCAGGAUCUGGCCUCUUGGUAUCUGGCUCCUGGGACAAGACCAUCCGCGUCUGGAAGCCCACAAACAGCAGCCUGCUCCUCCAGCUCAAGGGCCACAGCACCUGGGUGAAGAGAGCCUUUUCCCCUGAUGAGCUGAAUCUGGCCAGUGCUGGCUACUCCCACAUGGUCAAAGUCUGGGAUUGCAACACAGGAAGUGCCCUGAGACCUUGA